CGAUGGGCGGCGGUAAAAUUUAACGUACCUCCGUCUACGUGGCCCGACGGUAGUGAGCGCUCUCUGUCACCGCCGCCGCCGACGACGCGGCUCCCCUCUACCGCGUAUGAUUACUGGCUGAGAGCUGACGACCGCGGCAGCGAAUCGGCAUUUUGUGUUCAUACGUCGAACUGUUUGGUCGUGCCUUUGCUCGCACCGUUCGUGUCUCUGCGUUGCCGAAUAAUCCAAUUUGUCAACUCAGCCUUUUGCAGAUUGCCGUCAUCAUUGUUUUAAGAACGAGGAUGCAUACAUUCACCAAACAUUAUAUCGAUAACAUUUUGUUCAAGGCUCUUGAAUGCUCAUCGUAUGUUUCUAUAGAGACACUCUCCGAUGACGAAAUAAAAAAUUAUAAUUCGAGAAAAAAAUUGAAAGACAAUAAUGUAUCUGAAGAUAAUGAUGUAUCUAAAGACAAUACAAUAUCUAAAGAUAAUACAACAUCUAAAGACGAUACAACACCCAAAGACAAUACAAUAUCUAAAGACAAUAUAAUAUCUAAAGAAGAUAGUACAUCUAAAAGCGAAGAACCACCUAAAAAAAAACAGAAGUUGGAUACAACUGGAGUAGAUGUUUUGAAGUUGGUAUUAUCUAGAGAGGGUGAAACUGAUAAAUUUAAAUCACAAUUCAAGUCUUCAUUAAAAUCUAAUAAGAAAAUUGCUUCUACCAGUACUAAUGAAACACCUAAGGAAAAUGAUUCUGAUAAAUCUGCAGAAUCUUCAAAUUCUUCAGCUAAUACUGUAUCAAGAAUUCGGGUAGUUGAUCCUAAGAAUAUUAUGGAAGACGAUAAAUAUUCAUUGUUCUUAAAAAUAUUUUCGGAUUUAAAAUUCAAAAAUCCACCAAAUACCGUCAAAAAGUCAGUAUCUUCUUUUAAAGCAUCUUCAAUCCUUGCCAAAGAUAUUCAGAUGAUCAGAGAAACUACAGCUAAUAUGGCAAGUAACAAAGUCAAAGCUCAGGGAAGAGGGAAUUUAAUAGGAAUUGAAAAAGUAUACAGAAAAUACUUUAGUAAAUCCAAACAAGACACCAUUGUGAUUAUUGCUAAUAUACUUAACAUAAUAUCAAUGUCUAAUAAAUAUCACAAAUCGCGAAUGGAUGAAUCUUUUAAGAAAAAAUCUGAAGCUGAAAAACUCAAAGAAAGAUGUGAUGCCAAUCGAUUACAUGGCAGACAUAAAACUAUUCUAGAAACAAAGUUGAAGAAUAAUUUUGUAGAAGUCGUGUCAUCCUUUGAUGAACCGGACUUUGAAUCAGCAUUUCAAAUGUUUUUUUUGAGUAUAUUAACAGUACUUAGAGUAUUGGACCAGCCAAAAUUCAAAAAAGGCAGCAUAUUCAAAAAUCUGGUACUUUUACUAUGGAAUAGUUUGAAAAAUGGCAAUUAUUACCAUCCCAAAAUUUUUACAAUGUUCCGAUCAAAGACAUUUCGACCUGACUGUAUCGAAUUAAUAAGUUUGAUUGAAGAUAGUCGAGAUAAUGACCCCGGAAUCACUGAUCGCAUGGCAUUGUUUUUUGUAUCUACAGUAAAUAGCCGAGAUUAUUUCCAAAAAGUGAUUGAUGUCGUUACCAGUGAUUCUAGCGAAGACCUAGAAGUAUUAAUCGAUCAUGCUACUAGUCAAUGUUGCUUGAAUUCGAAGUUUAAAGAUCCCCCUGUAGAUGAAUCAACUGUACAACAAUCCAAUAACAAAAUGGCAGCAACAGAAACUAUUAAAAAACCUGCCAACUCUGAUGAAACAAUUCAACAUUGGGUGUUGGCCAAAAAUCCAGAUGGAACUUUCCAACAAAUACCGCUGAUAAAUACUAAAAAGACCCAAACCACUGGUAAUACUACAGUUGAACCAUUUAAACUACCAAAACCGCCAUUGCAUAAUUUCUAUGAAUCAUUCUCUUCUUCAUUACAAAAGACAGUUUCUUCUGAAUCUUCUGUUCCUAAAGCGGUACCAACAAAAAAAUGCAUUGUUGUUAAGCCAGCAAUUACUAAAACUCAUUUGGUGCAAGUAACAACAUCAUCGUCAGAAAGUGGAACAGGAACACCAACAUAUAUGACAUUCAAGCCAGCAGUUCAGAAUAAUAAAUCCUCAGCAAUGAGUCCUCUUCAAAGAGCUGAAGGCAGCACUAUUUUACUUGGCAACAAACAGUAUCAAUUGGUUAAGGGGCCAGCAGGUCAAAUGAGAGCAGUAAUGAAUGGUUCUAAUAUAUUAGUUAAAUCACCGCCACCUGCUAUUAUUAAAUGCUAUGCAAAAGACUGUAACAAUUCUGCAACAAUUAUGUGCAGUAGUUGUACAACAGUGAAGUACUGUUCCCAUAGUUGCCAACGACGUGACUGGUAUGAUAAUCAUAUAAAUGACUGUGAACGACUGCUAAGCAAAAGACAGAAUCGACCCUAAACUUUCCAUUUUAUAUAUAAGUCAUUUCAAUGUGGCAUAUUUAUAUUAAAAAUAUUUUUAAGUAAAUAUUUUUGUUUUUAUUUAAAAAAAAAAAAAAUGAAUUAAGCUUUUUCAUAUUUUGAUAUUUCUCGAGUUAGUAAAAUAAAUAUUAGUUAUUUUCUAUUAUGUUUAAUCUAUUAUUAUUACAUAAUUUUAGGGUUUAAAUGUUAUUUUUAUUAUUAUAAUUAUUUUUUAAAUAAGUACCUUAAUCUUAUUGUUUUUUUCCUGAGAGGGAGCACAUAGUAAACAACUAUUUUUUGGUGUUUAUAAAUUAUAUAAUUGUUCCUUGAUAUACUCUAUUUGUAAAUAAGUAAAAAAAACUUAUCUCUGGGAUAGGGGGUAGAAUGUGGCUUGGGCAUAAUGCUUGGACAGAACCUAAAGAAAAAGUAAGGGAAAUAAAAACUUAUUUAUAUAUGUUUAUAUUUAAUAUUUCUUAACUUUGUGAUUUAAUAAAUAUUAAGUUUAAUUGGA